CCCGCCUCUCAGUGCGUCAGCGACCGGCGGCGGGCUAGUCUGCGGGUUCGGGUCGUUCUGGCGCCGUUGGGUCCGGUGUGGUGCCGCGGCCUUGCACGGCUCUCAGGCUCGCCGGGAACUGAUCAGUGCUGUCUCUGAAAAAUGAAUCUCAGUAUGAAGCAGAAACAGGAAGGAGUCCAAGAGAACGUGAAGAGCAGUCCUGUCCCAAGGAGAACGCUGAAGAUGAUCCAGCCUUCUGCAGCUGGAUCUCUUGUUGGCAGAGAAAAUGAGGUACGCGGCCAGGACCAGGACUCGGGCAGUGGAUGGCCAUUGCCAAAAGGCUUGUCUAAAAGGAAGCUUUGGGAUGACCAGUUAACAUCUAAGACUUCAAGCGGUGGGCCAGAAGCUAAUGAAAAUAACGAUGUUGGAGACCUCACCCAGGAAGCAUUUGAUCUUAUGAUUAAAGAAAACCCAUCUUCUCAGUAUUGGAAAGAAGUGGCAGAACAACGGAGGAAAGCUCUCUAUGAAGCACUUAAAGAGAAUGAGAAACUUCAUAAAGAAAUUGAACAAAAGGACAGUGAAAUUGCCCGCCUGAAAAAGGAGAAUAAAGACUUGGCAGAAGUAGCUGAACACGUGCAGUACAUGGCAGAGGUAAUCGAGAGGCUGAGUAAUGAACCUCUGGAUAACUUUGAAUCACCGGAUAGUCAGGAAUUUAAUUCUGAAGAAGAAACUGUUGAGUCAGAACUGGAGGACUCAGGAGCUGGAACGUGUGCUGAAGAGACUGUGUCUUCCUCCACGGAUGCCAAGCCGUGCACAUGAGGUGGGAGGUGCUGCCAGCGUUGCGCUUUGGUAUAGCUCUUGGUAAAUUAACUACUUGGUGCAAGUGUUGGAAUCCAGGUUUGAAUCCUGGGGCUGUUACUACGUUAAAAUACAGAUAGUGUGUAUUUUUAACCUGUUUUAUGUAAAUAGCAUUUUCAUUUUUGUCAGCGUCAGCUAUGAAUUGUAUAUAUUAAAUAAACUUCAAUUUCCUACUGAA